CUGUAUGCAAUUCACAAUUCGUUUACACCGCGAAGCGCGCCGCACGUAUGCGCGAGUUCAACGUCUAUUUGUGUUUUACGUAAAUAAUUAUUUUUGCGUGUAUACUUUGGAUUUUAUUAAUUUAAAUAUGGAGUACACAUUUUGGCCUCGGAUGUUUAUAUUAUGUGUUAUCCCGAUUAUCGUAACUCCAAUCACAAUAUCCCCUAAUGGAAACAGUCCUGAAAUUAAAAUGGUCGGAGGGGCCAGAGUCGAUUUACAAAAAGGUUUUGUGCCUUCUAGAAUAAAAAACGAAGGAAGUAGUGUAAGGAAAUAUGUUGACAAAAAUAAACCCCUAAAAAUUAAUUCAACAAAACUGGCUAUAAAUGAAAGAUACAGACGUUUAAUACCAUAUAUGACGUUUUAUUACGCCAAUGAUCUAGUACCGCCAACAACAGAGGCAUACAACAAAAAUAACGUUGAAGUUGAAAAGGCACAAAUAGUAGAAGCAGGUACAAUACAACCCCAAAUGCAACGCGGACCGAAAGUGGUAUAUUCUACAAGCCGCCAUCAAAACAUACCAAGAUAUCAAGGAAAUCGCUUAACCCAUUUCAACAUUGCCUCAGCAAAUCCAACAAAAAUAUUUUACAGUAAAGAAGGUUAUCCAAUAGUUGUACAAAAUGCACCGAAAUUAACACAUAACUAUAAUCCGUUAAUAUUAGAUCACAAUGUUGAACACGAUUCUAGGAGAUACGUUUUAAAAGAACAUAAAAUUCCCAAUGUACAAUACACUACGCCCAGAAAGCCAUACAUAAAUGUCCAUCAUAACGAAGAAAAUGGUAAUGCUCAAUAUUACUAUCCUGAAAGAGAUGAUAUAAAAUACAAACUUGUGCCGUAUGAUCAAACCCCACCUAUUAAAAAUUCGCCUCAAAUUGAAUACGAUAAUGCGCCUAAGAAAUUUUAUAACAUUCCUUCGGUAGAUCCAAACGAAUCUGUGUACAUUAAGCCCAGACCUCAUCCGCAAUAUCAUUUUGAUGAAAUAAAAACUGAGCAUGGUAAAAAUAGAAAACCUCCUGUUACUAUUUCCGAAGUUUAUUACGAAAAGCAGAAUCCGUUACCAGUGGUAUCCGAACCCGUGAUUGAAACAGGUUUUAAGCCUAUUAUAAGCCAAACAACACAAACAUCUAAUCCCGUAGCAUACACACAAACGUUAUCCGCCUCAGAUCCUAAUCAUUAUGAUGUUGAAAAACAACAAGAAUUACAAAUCGAAAGCGGACCUGCCUUAGAGGAUAAUGAUAAAUCCCAGUAUGAACAAUUCGUAAUCGAACAACCUACAUACAAAUCACAACCAGAAACGUCCAAUGCUAUAACUAUUGCAGAUCUUUUGAACUCAUUACAGUUAAAUAAAUCUAUUCCAAAACCAAUUACAAAAGAAAAUGUGGGUUCAUCUAUAAGAAUUUUGUUACAAGCUUUGAACGAUUUGAAGGGGAAACUUCAACAAAGUGAGGUAGACUCUCCAGUUCUUAGUUCACCUACGCCAUUUGAAGCUCCGAAACCAUUGGUUACUACUGUAAAACCUAUAAUACACACUACAAGUGCGCCCGCUAUUGAAGAAAGUGGUUUAAGCGAAGAAGCCUAUUUAGCGGAAGUUGAAAAUCCGUCACAACAUUUAGACGAUUAUACAAGUACCAGUCAACGAUUUCCUCUACCUAUAACAUCUGACGAAGAAGGUGGCACGCCCGGUCACCCUGGAAUUGACUAUCCGAUUUUGACAGUAAUACCACAAACUAAAUUCGAUUGCAAGACUCAACGCUACAAAGGUUUCUUUGCUGAUCCAGAAACAAGAUGUCAGGUAUGGCACUACUGCGAUUUAAAUGGUGGGCAAGCUUCAUUUUUAUGUCCGAAUGGAACUAUAUUUUCUCAAGCGGCUUUAACCUGCGACUGGUGGUUCAACGUUAAAUGUUCUUCGACAGCGCAGCUUUAUGUACUCAAUGAAAGUUUAUACAAGUACAUAUUACCACAUUCACCGAAGUUCCCUGAAGAUUAUAGUGGGCCAUUAGUUGACAAAUAUUUGACAUUGAAAUUUAAAGAAAUGGAGGAAGAAUUUAAAAAGAACAAAAACAAGAAUAAGCAGAGUGCUGAAGAUAAAAUGGACAGCGACGAAGAUGAUGAUUCUAAAGAGGGUGAAAUAGAUGAAGUGUCAGAAAGCUCAGAUGAGAAAGAUGACGGAGCAAAUAAACAAUCAAAUAAAGUGAGUGAAUCAAGCGUUAUUGUAGCAACAUCAGGGGCCAGCGGGAAUGUCCAAAGGUUAGAAGACUAGAUUCAAAGAUGUGAGAACAGCAAAUUGUAUGAACUAAUUUGAUCUGCCAUUAUGUAAACAUCAAUGUACCUAACGAGGCAAUAAACUGUGAUAGUUUAACUUUUUUAUUAAGACUUUCUUCGUUACUUGUAUUAUUACUUUUUACAGUUCUUUUAUGAUUUAUCCAAAAUUUUGUUUAUAACCGAGACAAAGUCCUUGAGAUCGACUUUACGAUAUUUGAAUAAAAUUUAAGUUUUUUUUGUAAACGGCGAUACAGUAGUGUGUUUUGCACUAACUAUAAGUGCGUUUUGGCCAAUGUUCCGUUAGGCCACCGUUCCGCUGGCAUGACUGUAAGUUAUUUAAUUGCUACACACACGCAAAUUAACAUUGAAACCUUCGCAAGUUUCGCUAAUAAGAAGGAAUAAAGGAUUCUUUGAUUUUAACAAGCUUAUUUUUAUACUUAUUUAUAAAAUUACGUUUCUACUGUUGGAAAACAUGGCGAGUAUAAUGCCCAAAAUCGUAGUCGGUGAAAUAAUUUAAACGUGCCAUUUUAAGUCUCUAAGCGGUGAUUUGAAGCGUAGUUGUGCAAAAUGUUUUAAAUAUUUUCAUACAUUGAUUAAA